AUGCCCUUGUCAAGGACCCUUUCAAGAUCCGAUUCUUGUGUUGACAUUGACUUUACAUUGCGUCGUAUAUUCAAAAAGACCUCAUUCAGGCCCUUACAGCGAGAGGUUAUCGUUGCUGCACUGGAUGGACACGAUGUCUUCAUUCAGGCUGCCACUUCUUUUGGGAAAAGUUUAUGUUUUCAACUGCCUGCAGUGAUCGAUCAAGGGAUAACCAUUGUUAUCUCGCCAUUACUUUCAUUAAUGACCGAUCAAGUAAAUGCCUUACAGUCUGCAGGAAUCGUAGCGGGUACCAUUAAUGGAAAUACAGCUUGGCCCGAACGACAACGACUCCUUGCAGACCUUGAAUCUGGUCACCCACUAACAAGACUUUUGUAUGUGACUCCUGAGUAUUGCUCUACAGAAAACUUCCGCAAACAUCUUCGAACUGUGCAUGAACAGCGAGAGCUUGCUAGGAUUGCCGUUGAUGAAGCACAUUGUAUUAGCGAAUGGGGCCAUGACUUUAGAAAGUCCUUUAAGAAUCUCUCCUGGUUCCGGGAGACAUUCCCUGAUAUCCCCAUUAUUUGUUUAACGGCAACAGCUACGGAUCAAGUACGGCAAGAUGUUAUAGCUACUAUGGGUCUCUCAGAAACAAAUUUGAAGGUUUUUAGAAUGACAACGAAUCGCGAGAACCUUCAUUAUGAAGUGAGAUUCAAAUCAGAUGAAUCAGACCAUUUCAACGAUUUCUUACAUUGGCUCAAGGGAGUUCACAGAAAUCGAAUGGAAAACCCAGAACGUCGGGCCGAACUCGAACAGAAGCGCGAACGCCUGGAUAAUGUGUCAGGAAUUAUCUACACUCUUUUUAGGCAAGAUUGUGAGAAUCUCGCGUCUAGAUUGAGACAUAGCGGAAUAGGGGCCAGAGCCUACCAUGCCGGACUCACUCACGAAGAGAAGACCGAAACAUUAAAUCGAUGGAUCAAUAAUGAUAAGGGCUAUGACGUGAUAGUUGCGACAACUGCCUUUGGCAUGGGCAUAGACAAGGAAAAUGUACGUUUUGUCGUUCAUUGGCAAAUUCCAAAAUCUUUCGAAGGCUUCUACCAAGAGGCUGGACGAGCUGGAAGGGACGGGAAGGCCAGCAUACAUAUUAUGUAUUACAGCCGCGAAGAUCGUGACCGAGCAUACAACAGAGUUUCUCGGGAUGCCAAAGAAAGAGCCAAUCUAGAAGCUAGGAUUAAUAGCUUGAAAGCUUUGGUUUCAUACUGCGAAGAAACUGAUGAAUGUCGACACAAGCUGAUCUGCAAAUACUUCGGAGAGAACGAAGUGCCUGCUUGCGAUUAUGCUUGUGAUUGGCACAAAGACGUGAAAGCUUUGAAGAGAUCAAAGCUCAGCAAUCUGAUGACUGAAGAGUUCUUCUCGAAUUUGGACAACAUCAAACGCUUCAUCAUGAGUAACGAUAUUCCCAACGAUUGGUUCCUGGUAAAACUGACUCGAUGGGAAGACGGCCAUGAAACCAGUUCGGCUCUCCUCCCUGUGAACAUCUCUGCCGAUGACACAUCGUCUGGCCUCAGAAACGGGCUUGAGGCUGUUUACAAGCGUAUUUGGGAUUACUUUACUGUUAUAGAGAAGAACGGCAACUCCUCCGACCGAACGAAUCUUCCUUUGGGAGCCGCCCUUAGACAAGGUGAUGGUAUCGAAGGUUUGAGCGUUGACUGGCAAGGCCUUUCGGCUGGCGACUGGCCAUCGCAGCGGACUCUUGUUACGGAAUUCAACCUUCCUGGAAUCCGGGGAAGAUUAUCGAUGAAUAACAAUGCAGUUAUCCACUGUGUUGUCAAAGACAGUAGACUCGACGGAAUUGUCUGGUGCCCUCCAAAGAAUUAG